UCUCCUCCUCUCUGGAUAUAAUGGCCAUUGCAAAGCAAAGCAUCUUGAGAUUUGGCUUCAAAUGGCUCUUCCUAGCAACUUUUAUGCUAGCCUGUGAUGGACAAGGUGGAAAGAGAGAGAAUGGUGGUCCCGCCUGUUACGGAGGAUUUGAUUUGUAUUUCAUUCUAGACAAAUCAGGAAGUGUCCUGCACCAUUGGAAUGAAAUAUAUCAUUUUGUGGAACAUUUGGCCCGCAAGUUCAUAAGCCCUCAGCUGAGGAUGUCCUUCAUCGUUUUUUCAACUAGAGGGACAAUUCUAAUGAGGUUAACAGAAGACAGGGAACAGAUACGCCAGGGUCUAGAAGAACUGCAGAAAGUCCUUCCGGGAGGCGACACGUACAUGCAUGAAGGAUUUGAAAGGGCAAGUGAACAGAUUUACUAUGAAAAUGUUCACGGUUACAGAACUGCAAGUGUCAUCAUUGCAUUGACAGAUGGAGAACUCCAUGAAGACCUAUUUUUCUACUCUGAGAGGGAGGCUAAUCGGUCGCGUGACCUGGGAGCAACAGUAUAUUGUGUUGGUGUGAAAGACUUCAAUGAGACCCAGCUGGCUAGAAUUGCCGACAGCAAAGAUCAUGUCUUUCCAGUGAAUGAUGGUUUUGAAGCCCUUCAGGGGAUCAUAGACUCUAUUUUGAAGAAAUCCUGUAUAGAAAUUCUGGCAGCAGAGCCUUCCAGUAUAUGCGCAGGCGAGUCGUUUCAGGUUGUCGUGAGAGGAAACGGAUUUCGACAUGCCCGUAACGUUGACAGAGUGCUCUGCAGUUUCAGGAUCAAUGACACAGUUACUCUCAAUGAGAAGCCUUUUGUAGUGGAAGAUACCUACUUACUCUGCCCAGCACCUGUGCUACGAGAAGUUGGCAUGGAGGCAGCUCUUCAAGUCAGUAUGAACGAUGGUCUGAGCUUCAUCUCUAGCUCCGUCAUCAUCUCCAGCACACACUGUUCAGAUGGGACCAUCCUGGCUAUUGCUUUGUUGAUCCUCUUCCUCCUGCUGGCAUUGGUUCUUCUCUGGUGGUUCUGGCCUCUUUGCUGCACAGUGAUCAUCAAAGAGCCCCCCCCACCUCCUGCAGAAGACAGCGAGGAGGAAGAUGAUGAUGGCCUUCCAAAGAAGAAAUGGCCAACAGUAGAUGCCUCUUAUUAUGGUGGACGAGGAGUUGGUGGCAUCAAGCGAAUGGAGGUGCGCUGGGGAGAAAAGGGCUCCACAGAAGAAGGUGCUAAGUUAGAGAAAGCCAAGAACGCCAGGGUCAAGAUGCCAGAACAGGAGUAUGAGUUCCCUGAACCCAGGAACCUUGCGAACAACAUGCGCAGGCCUUCCUCUCCUCGGAAAUGGUACUCUCCAAUCAAGGGGAAAUUGGAUGCUCUCUGGGUCUUGCUGCGGAAAGGUUACGACCGUGUAUCUGUGAUGCGCCCACAGCCAGGAGACAAGGGCCGUUGCAUCAAUUUCACCAGAGUGAAGAACACGGAGGCCCCACCCAAAUACCCGCUCAACAACGCAUACCCUCCGUCAUCUCCACCUCCAGCACCCAUCUACACCCCCCCGCCCCCCGCUCCGAUCUAUACCCCCCCUCCACCCAGCUCACCCACACCCCACACCCCAUCCCCGUCCUCCACGCUCCCACCACUGCCCCCACCGCCCCAAGCCCCACCACCCAACCGGGCCCCCCCUCCGUCUCGGCCCCCACCUCGCCCAACAGUCUAG